CCUCCCUCCAUCUCUCCUCCCUCCCAGGACCACCCCUGCCCUCAGCCACAGUACCCUGGCAGCCUACUCUCUAUCUCCAGCAGCAGGAAGGCAGAGCUGCAGUUAGUGGUGUUUGACCAGCAGGGGGUGCAGUUUGACAACUUCAGCUCCUGCUCACUGGAGUGGAUCUCCUCCAACCCCUCCCUGAUGUCCCUGUCCUCACACACAACCAGCGGUCUCCAGGGGCUCAUCCCUCAUGGACACACGGGGACAGCGACCGUAGCAGUGUCCCUCACACCUGCUCAGGAGAUGUGGCCUUCUCCUCUGGUGUGUUCGGUGCGUCUCAGACUGGUGGAGGACCUGAGGUGGAGCAGAAGAGCUGUGACCUUGUACAACCAUCCUGAUGUCACCGAGAAUCUGACAGUGGUUCAGGGUUCAGGAUACUUCCUGGUUCGACUGCAGGACAGAAAGCUGGCAAACAUCACCUACCUGGAGCACAGCAACAUCAUACAGGUCUCUCCUCUUCAACCUGGCCUCUCCUCCCUCCUGGCCUACGACCUCUGUGUGACCUCACCUGACCCCGCCCUGACCUCCCUCACAGUCUCUGACAUCACAGACUUCCAGAUCCACUUUGUUGACAUUGUGGAGAUAGGGCACAGUGCCCUGGUACGAGUGCGUGUUCUAGACUCUAACCAACAGCCCUUCCUGUAUCGCUACCUUCCCAUGAUGCACCUCAGACUAACUCCUUCCUCCCCUAUCGUCACAGUGGAACCUGCAGGUGCGCUGGACAGUGUGUCUGUGGGGUUCCGUGUCCUGGGCGUGGCAGUGGGCGUGGCCAGCCUGCACCUGUCUGCAGUAGACAGCGGUGGGCGUGUCCGUACGUCGUCACACAGACAGCUGCAGGUGUACCCCCCCUUCACCCUGCAGCCCCGCAGCCUGGCCCUGGGGACGGGCAGCGUGCGGCAGGUGAAGUGGGAGGGGGGCCCUCAUCCCCAGUCCAGUGUGGGGUUUUCUGUGAGUGACAGCCGCAUCGCCAUGGUGACAGAUACGGGAUUGGUGCGUGGACUGGCAGUGGGUGUGGUCAAGCUCAGAGGGGCGUUACAGACUGUCACUCAAGACACAGGAGCAUUGCUGACCUUCGCACAGGAUGAGGUGGAGGUGGAGGUGUUUAACCUCACAGGGGUCAGGAUCCAGGCGCCUCUCGUCAGACUGUCUGUAGGAACGGAGAUCCCAGUGUAUGUGAUGGGCAGUGACAGCAGUCAGACCCCGUUGGCUCUGGGAAGUGGACUGCUGUUCCACUGGAGCCUGGGGAAACUGGGAGUACUGGAGAUACAAGCUAGACACACACAGGCAGGUGUGACGGUGUCCGCUGCUCAUGGUUUCUCUGUGUUGGUGAGGGCGUGUGCAGCAGGCAGAACCAACCUGAGAGUGACAGUUCAACUGGCCAAUCACACCACAGACAGCCCCCAGCAGCUGACAGAUGAGAUACAUAUACUGGUGUUCCAGGAGAUGCAGCUAGCAGUUGGCACCUCCAGAUCAAUCCUCAUGUCCCCUAACUCUCACUACGCUUUACAAAGCAACAAAGACACCAUCUGCCCUGUACGCUACGCCCUGUGUCAGUGUGUGAAAGGGGAGGGGCUUGUUACCGUGGACGACCAAGGUGUUCUCAGGGCGGGGCCGGACACAGGAGCGGCCCUGUUGGAGGUUGUUGCUAUGGAGACGUGUGGCCUCAACCAGACCAUGUUCAUCAGUGUCCGGGUGUCUCCAGUGUGGUUCAUACGUCUCUUAACAGAAUCCUCCCUGUAUGGUGUGGGCGGGGCCAGUGGUGUGGGUGGGGCCAGCGGUGUGGGCGGGGCCAGCGUUGUGGGCGGGGCCAGCUUUCCUGCCUUCCCCCUGGGGUGGAGCUUCACUGUCAGGGCCCAGUGCUACGACCACCUGGGACAGCUGUUCCACGCACACAACACACACACACACCUCCUCACCAGCAGGGACGACCUGCUCCAGGUGACUCCAGGCUGUGACAGUCACUCGUUUGUGGUUCAGACGGUGUCGGAGGGUGUGACAGUGUUGGGGGUGAGGGGGGACUCCACCAACCCCUCCCUCAGUGACUACACCCCCCUGCCCGUGCUCCUGACCAUUUCUGCCCCCCCGCACACCCUCACACCUGGAGACACACUCUGCUUCAACACCGCCCUCACAGGAAAGCACGGCCAGCCUGGUCAGUGGUACGUGUCGUCUGAUCAGGUGCUGCAGAUAGACCCAGGAACAGGGGCUGCGCUGGCAAAGCAUUCUGGAACAGUGGUUGUGUUCUACAAAGUGGAGGGAGGACAGAAGGCCUUAAGAGAGGUGACAGUGGAGUCCCCUGCCGUCCCCUCCCUCUCUCCUCCUGAGGAUCGCUUCCUGACCAACUGGCCAGAGGCUCCAGAGUACAGGGUCUCCGUGGACCUGCACACCAGCCCAGCCAACACUGCCCAGUGCACUCUGUCCCAGAGAGAGGCCAUUGAGAAGAGCCUUCAUCCAGAGGAGGAGUUACAGUGUGUUCUGCACUUCAUCGCCCCCUACCUCCUGCUCAGCUCAUUACAGGCUGUAUUCAACACCUUGCCACGCUACGACCACGACACUGGUGCCUACAGCUGCAGUGUCUCUGUGUCCCCCCAGACC